GACGAACUCAACGACUACCUGGAGUCCCCGGUUGACCCAACGAAGGACGCUCUUGCCUGGUGGCAUGCACGCCGCCUGCAGUUCCCUCGCCUCUCGCGAAUGGCGCUCGACUACCUCUCUAUCCCCGCUACAUCCGUCGACGUCGAGCGCACGUUCAGCCGCGGUCGUCGUCUUCUCAGCCAUGUGCGCAGCCGGCUCAGCGCGCAGACCACGCGCGCUGUUCUCUGCUUGAGCGACUGGGUCCGGUGGGAUCUGGUCAAGUCCCAGGACAUC